AAUUAAGAAUUUAAAAUUAUACUUAAUAACAGUCUCCCUUUUAACUGUUGUAGGAGCUGGAAUUUUUUUUUUAGCGCAGCAAGUAUUUAUUGGAGAAGUAACUCACAAGGAAUUAAAGAUGAGUAAGAGCAAAGAUGACGCCCCUCAUGAACUAGAGAGCCAGUUUAUCUUACGAUUGCCCCCAGAAUAUGCCGCUACUGUGAGGAGGGCAGUGCAGUCUGGACAUGUCAACCUGAAAGACAGACUGACCAUCGAGUUACACCCUGAUGGGCGCCAUGGAAUUGUCAGAGUGGAUCGAGUUCCAUUGGCCUCAAAACUGGUGGAUUUGCCUUGUGUUAUGGAAAGCUUGAAAACCAUUGAUAAAAAAACCUUUUACAAGACAGCUGAUAUCUGUCAGAUGCUUGUAUCCACAGUAGAUGGUGACCUAUACCCUCCCGUAGAGGAACCGGUUGCCACGGCUGACCCCAAGGCAAGCAAGAAAAAAGAUAAGGACAAAGAGAAAAAGUUUGUUUGGAACCAUGGAAUCACUCUACCUCUAAAGAAUGUCAGAAAGAGAAGGUUCCGGAAGACAGCAAAGAAGAAAUAUAUUGAAUCUCCAGAUGUGGAGAAAGAAGUAAAGCGCUUGCUGAGUACAGAUGCAGAAGCAGUCAGUACUCGUUGGGAGAUAAUUGCUGAAGAUGAAACAAAGGAGACAGAAAAUCAAGGCCUUGAUGUCUCCUCUCCAGGAAUGUCUGGCCACCGGCAGGGCCAUGACUCAUUGGAACACGACGAGCUUCGGGAGAUAUUCAAUGACCUCAGCAGCAGUAGCGAGGACGAAGAAGAUGUAAACAUCAUCGACACUGAGGAAGAUCUGGAGAGACAGCUGCAAGACAAGCUGAAUGAAUCCGACGAACAGCACCAGGAAAACGAAGGAACCAAUCAGUUGGUUAUGGGAAUUCAGAAACAGAUUGAUAACAUCAAAGGCAAGCUCCAAGAGACCCAAGACAGGGCAAAGCGCCAGGAGGAUCUCAUCAUGAAAGUAGAAAACCUGGCUCUCAAGAACAGGUUUCAAGCUGUUCUGGAUGAACUCAAACAAAAGGAAGACCGGGAAAAGGAGCAGCUUAGCUCUUUGCAAGAAGAGCUGGAGUCACUUCUAGAGAAGUGA